UUCACAUCGACCGCUAUAUUAUAUUAAUUCCGCUUUAUCACUCAAUGUGUAGCUGAAUUCCGCUGAUUCAGACACCAAAUUGUUGCUCCCAAACACCAGCUUCCUUAACACAAAUCCGCCGUUGCCACCCCUCUUGAGCAGGUGAUUCUACCUUUUAGCUCAAAAUUGGCCAUUUUUGAACUUUUAUAAUUUUUGCCCAAAAAAUUUGACACUCGACAACCACUCUGUUGCUGCAGUUAACUUCUUUUAACUCACUUUAUUUUUUCGCUUUUCCCCCGUAAUUAAGGACUUAAAGAUUAAUUUUCUGUAUAAUAACUGCAAGCAAGAUGAUGGUGUCGAUUCCGCCAGAUUUCAGUAAUUUCGAUAAAUGAUUUUGUCAUCGCAAAUCACCUCUAAACUAAUUAAUAGGCGAAUUUUUUGCAAUUCAAACUCUUUUUCAAAUUUUUACACCAAUUCCGCUACCUAUCGUAGUAUAUCCAAUAAUAAAAUUGAUGGUUUAUCCAAUAGUAAAAUUGAUAAUAAUGAUAUAAAUUAUAGCAUCAGAUUGAAUAAAAUGUUGUCAAAAGUGGUAAAUCAGCGCAAUUUAAUGACGCAGGCAUGUGUUUUACACAGCGUUAAGUCAUCAAUUUCCUCAACUCUUCUCUCAAAUUCUUCACUCAACACUCAAGAUGAGGGUGCUAACGGCACUGAAAACUUUGAGAACGAAGAUAAAGAUGACGUUGAUGAACGAUUGCCAAGGCUUUGGCAUUAUUUAACGCAACCUCAACCCAUUCCCUCAACUGCUGUUAAUAAUAAUAAUGUGAGUGAUAAAAGUGUUAAAAAUGUUAAUAGUAAUGAGAAUUUGAGUUUCAGAGUGAUGAGCUUUAAUGCCUUAGCUCAGAGUUUGGUGGAUGACAAGUAUGUGCAAAAUGACAAGAGGACGAUGAGUUGGGACCAUCGUAGAGAGGAGAUUUUGAGAGAGAUUUCGCAGUCGAAUUCUGACAUUUUGUGUUUGCAGGAAAUUGACGAACGUGACUACCUUGAGUUUUUCAAGCCGAAAACUGAAGCUUUAGGCUACAAUUCAGUCUACAAGCGUAAACUCCAGAACAAACUUGACGGGAUUUUAACCUUGUUUAGGAGCCAGAGAUACAAGCUUUUACUCAAAAACGAGCUUGAAUUCUCUUCACAGAGACCUGACUUCAAUAAACCUCAGGUUGCAAUAGUUCUAGCUCUAGUUGAUCUACACUCUACUACUUCAGUUGGUGCUAAUACUAGUGGCCCAGUAGUAAAGGGGAAUAUGGAAAAUGAUUGUGUAGAAAAUCCGGAAACAUCUGAUAAUACUAGUACUAAAAAAGUUAAUGAGAUUAGUGAAUCAGAUGUGUUGUUGGUAACGAAUACGCAUUUGAUAUUCAACAAGAGUAGAGGUGACAUUAAAUUGUACCAACUGUGUAACUUGGUUAAGGGCAUUCAAAAGACUAUUGAGUUCUUAAAUUCAUCUCAAACUGAGAAUAAGUUUGGUGAACCACUGGAACAAACCUUUAGUUUAGGUGUAAAAUCAACAAUUUCAACCACUCAGGACUAUAAAGAUUGGGUAUCCAGUCGUCUUAGAAAUACAGAACCUUCCGUGGUUAUCUGCGGUGACUUUAACAUAACACCUCAAAGUCUGAUUUACAACUUAAUUUUCAAGGGGUUUGCACCUCUGAGGAAUAGUAACCCUAGACUACUCUCUGGUCAAUAUCUAAUGUUCGACAACACUUACCUAACUGCCUCAACAGGACAUAACGAGUCUGGUGAAACUCUGGGUAAUGCUAAGCAUUACAUUUCAGAUAUUUACUCCACUAGUAACACUAGUAAGAAUGUGGAUAGUCCUAACACCGAUAACACUGUUACUGGCAGUGCUGAUAAAACUGUGGAGAGUAGCUCUGUGGAAAAUUCAGUCACUAGUAAAGAUUCCAAUGCCGUGGAAACGCCUAAGACCAAUACCAGUGGUAAUAUGGAUGACAUAGUUGAGAAUACCAAUAAUUGGUAUGAAGAGAUUGGAAUAGAUGAGGAGUUUAAAGUAAGGCCAGAUCACGUAAGUUUGGAAGCUGAGGAAGAUUUCGUUAAUCUCAUACAAUCCAAAUCUGCUGAUUUAUCACAAGAAUUUGCCAACAAACUUUCAUUAAAUUCUCUUAACACUAGUAGUGUAAAUAGUGUUAGCAACGACAACAUUGGUAGUGGAGAUAUGGUUUAUUGUCCAUUGAAGUUAUCGAGUGCUUAUGCAAUGGGCGACAGUUUUAACUCUGAGCCAGCGUUUACUGCUUUUCACGGGUGGCAGCGGGGGUGUGUUGAUUACAUCUGUUAUGACCCGAGCCUUGUUCAGUUGGAAGCGAUUUACGAAAUGCCACACUAUUCACAUGUUAGACGAAAUGGUGACUUACCACACAAGAAAUGGCCUGCAUCGGACCACUUUAGCCUAAUAUCACAGUUCAAGCGCAUCAAAUAGUUUAAUCUAAUACACAUCUGA